UAUAGUGAUUAUAUAACAAAAGUUCACAGUCUGCUUAAACUAAGAAUUAUUCAUCACCUUUGUUUUAAAAUAUCAAAGAGGGCUGUCAAUUAUAUAAUUGCUAAAUUUUGAUGAUUGAAAAAUAUUUGAGCGACUGCUUUGGCUGAUAAAUGGUGCACACUAACGCGGCCUAUUUUACUUUCAUGUUUCACGCAAACAUCGAAAGGCUUAGACCCAUAUCUUUGACGCGGACUCGUUAACCGGAAGGAAAGUUUUCUUUUAUUGUUGCUACUUUUUGCUACUUUAAUAUUUUAACAAUGGAUUCUACGAAGGAAAAAAGAACCCUAAAGGAGGUUUUAAAGGAACUGGCCGAAUCGAGCGCCUUGCAUGGCAUUCCAAAAAUUGCUUCGUCACGGCAACUUUCGGUGAAGAUAUUAUGGUGCAUUGUUGUACUUGCUGGGACGGGAGUGAUGACAUACCAACUCGUGGAAUUAUUUCAGACAUUUUAUUCAAACCCUAUACAGACGACCGUUUCACUGGAUUUCAGCACGCUUCAGUUUCCCGCCAUUUCUAUAUGUAACAUGAAUCCAGUCAGAAAAUCAAAGAUAGGAAUGUCUAUCGCGUUGGUAGAGGAACUAUUUCCAAAGAAAGAAAAGCGUACAGAUUCACUAGUAGCAAAAAAGGAACGCCGUAAACGGGACACUUCAGAAAACAUCGAUAAAAACUCAACAUUGAUCUACAGUGGUAUGGGUUUACCAGAUGAUACUAAAAUAAUCGAUGCAACUUUAGCUUCCUGGGGUGUUGCAAGUGUGGACAUACUGAUAUCGAGGCUGGGAGGAGAUCCUUAUAAAGUAGAUGACACCUAUAUCGAAAUACGUCGGGAAUAUAAAAACUCUUACCCAAUGUAUUCUUGGUCGAUCAGUUAUCCUCCUAAGAAGGAUAAUGCAAAUGAAAUACCUGUGACUGAGGAAACGGAUUAUAUUGACACAACGCCAGAACAUGAAAAUGUCUCCGAUAGUAAUAUAACAGUCGACCCGUUCAUUAAUGACACCACAACGCUAGAGCCAGAUCUGUUAGAUAAUGCAGGUAAAAGUGCAACAGCAAGUUGGGCCGACCUUUAUGAAUGGGAUAGUGAUAUUGGUUGGGAUAUAUUUGAUUCUGAUGAAGUUGACGACUAUUUCGAAUCAGAAAACUUCACGUCGGGCAAGGAAACUUUACUGAGCAAGCCGAUUGCAAAGUUCCUGAAAGAUCCAAAGGACAAAUGGGAUCUUGUGAUAACAGAAUUCAGGACUGCAUUCCGAGAUAUUCCACAGAAAAAGCGCAAGAUUAUGGGGCAUCAGAUCAAGGAUUUUAUCCAGUAUGUGUCGUUUGCAAAAAGGGAGCAGAAUAUAAAAGAAUACGUCAAACAAUUCACAACAUCGGCGUAUGGAAAUUGUUACACACUGGAUGACAAAAAGUUUCAGUCAUGGAGGAGCGGACCUGAAAGUGGAAUAAAACUGACAUUGAACCUUGAAAUCGAUGAAUACGUUGAAAGAUUUUCCUCGGGGUAUGGAGUCCGAAUCGUGUUCCACGAACCAGGUACAUACCCUAUGCCAGUUGAAGAAGGUCUUACGAUCAGUGCAGGAUUUGAAACAAGCAUUGGUCUGAGGGCAAUUAACGUAACACGUCUAGGGGAGCCUUAUGGUCAUUGUACAGUUCAAGGUGGUGAAAUGUUCCGGAAGAAAUAUAAUCUCACUUACAGUAAAACGGCUUGUCUGGAGUUUUGUCGAAUAGAAAACGUUAUAAAGACGUGCAAUUGUUUACCCAUUGAUGCACCUGAUCUGAACUUUGGGAAAUAUCUAGAUGUAUGCAGACAUCAAGAUGAGGUGUGUACGUUUGAAGUAGAAUUGAUGUUCGAAAAUGGAAGUCUAAACUGUGACUGCAUCAACCCAUGCUCAGAGUUUGUGUACGGGAAGACAAUCUCUGGACGACUAUGGCCUCACAAAGACUAUUUGGAAAAGAUUCUGAUGAAGGACAUAUGUUCGAAGAAGCUAACAUCGUUAGAAACACCGUGUAGACAGAUUAACAAUGACUCUGAGAAAUUUCAUUAUGACAGGUAUAGAAACAACUUUGUGAAGGUGGUGAUUUAUUUCGAGGAUCUCAAUUAUCAAAAGAUAACAGAGGAGCCAUUUUAUACAACAGUACGGUUCAUCUGUGACAUCGGGGGAGCAAUGGGUCUGUUCAUAGGAGUAUCUGUACUUAGCAUGUUUGAAAUUCUACAGCUGAUAUUUGAAGUCAUCAUUUACUUUCAAGACAGGAAAAAAGAUGAUACAGAAACAGAAGAGCUAAAUAACGAAAAACAAAAUCUCGAAAUGAACUGCUGAAAAUUAAACGGAAAGAAUUCAGUCAGAUCAUCCAACAAAAAUAGGAAUUCAUUAUAGACCUUUUUACAAUACGAUUUUUUUUUCAAUAGUAACAAAUGUUGUAUUUCGCGCAUACGCAUUCUGCAUGGGGCAAAACGCAAUAACGAUGACUACAAUUUAUCAUAUUUAAAGGUUUUAUUAGACGUGAUUUCAAUUUAUGACUCCAAGAGAACAAUUUUUGUAUGACUUAAAGCAGUAAGUUACUUAAAACGUGAAUUGCAUAUGUAGCAGAUAUAUACGAAACUAUGAGGGACUAAUUAAUAAUUCAAUGAAAAAAAAGCGCAUAAACAAUUAAAAGUCCUCAUUUUUCAGAUAUCAUUUGAGGUCUCUUCCAUCAGACAUUUAAAUUGAUAUAGCAGGGUGUUAAAGAUUAAAGUUUAUAACCCCUGUAUUACAUAAUAUUGCACAGUUUGUAUAGUACACUUCCUUUGACAAAGUGGACUGGCACGUGACCGGUUGUUUAUUUCCAGCUAGUUUACAAUAUAUCAUUCAAUCGGGAGUUUAAGCGCUGUUACACCGCACUUUGGGGUCAAACGCACUUUGGGGUUUGAACCCAAAGUACGUAACACUGGUGCAUAUGCAUUUUUUCAAUAUCAGGCAGACGACAACACUUUGGGGUCAUAAAAUUAUAGAUAUUUUAAAAUGAUAGUUCAAUUGUGAGCUAACGAUAACAGACGAUAGGUUAUUGUUAUACCUAAGUUAUGCAGUUUGCAAUUUUACAAUGCAUUAUUAAUGUGUUUUAUAUUCAAUUAUUUAUCUCAUGGAAUGGUGGCGUCCCAGUAUAAAUAUGUAUGAUGCGUAUUGAUUGAAAUAAAACAUUAGAUAACAUAUUGUUUCAUGAACUAGCGGUAUGUGACAUUAAUUUUAUAGAUUGCAUGUCACGCAUAUUUCCAUAUAAUAAGAAACAAGUUCCUUACACGAUAGGAAUUAAUGUUGUGGACCCA